AUAAAGCAUCAUGGUGUCUUUCGACUUUGUUCACACCGUUCAGUUGGUGGUACUUCUGAUAUGUGAUUUCAUGUUUGGAAUCGUAAGUGGAGCUUGUCAGCCUGGGAUGCAUGAAAUUGCUGGAUCUUGCUACAUAUUCUACCAAUUUGGAAAAACGGCCGAAGAAGUCGAGACCACCUGCCCUGGUCGCCCCGGUCGUUACAUGGCUUCGAUAGGAUCUCCGGUGGAACUGGUAGAAGUCUACAAUCACUUCGGAGCUUCGCAUCCUACUACUUUUCAGGAUGUUUGGGUCGUAGAUCCUUCUGUUGGUUUACCUUCGGACGGGAAUGGCUGUUCGAUGAUUGUGACUGGUCCAACUCUACAAUCUGAGGUGUGUAGUACGCCCCAUGGCUUCAUAUGCGAGGCUGAUCUAGAGGGACUAACAACUGAGCUGAUAACCACAGCUGUGGCGACAACUACGGAAACAUUAGCAUCCGAUCCUACAAGCACCGAAUCAUUGACAACUGGCAAUCCUUCAACCACAGCUACCACUGCUGAAGAUAUUACAACUGAACUGAUAACAACUGCAGAAACAUCAACAACAAUCGCUUCAACAACGGACCUACCAAGCACCGAAUCAUCGACUACCACAUGGCCCAGCUCAACAACAUCUGAUGUGUCAACUGACAAUCUUUCAACCACCGAGCUUACAACGUCACCCAUUACAACAGAUGUUGCAACUGAAGAUAUUACAACUGAACUGAUAACAACUGCAGAAACAUCAACAACAAUCGCUUCAACAACGGACCUACCAAGCACCGAAUCAUUGACUACCACACGGCCCAGCUCAACAACAUCUGAUGUGACAACUGACAAUCUUUCAACCACCGAGCUUACAACGUCACCCAUUACAACAGCUGUUGCAACUGAAGAUAUUACAACUGAACUGGUAACAACUGCAGAAACAUCAACAACAAUCGCUUCAACAACGGACCUACCAAGCACCGAAUCAUUGAAAACCACAUGGUCCAGCUCAACAACAUCUGAUGUGACAACUGACAAACUUUCAACCACCGAGCUUACAACGUCACCCAUUACAACAGCUGAUGCAACUGAAGAUAUUACAAAUGAACUGAUAACUACUGCAGAAACAUCAACAACAAUCGCUUCAACAACGGACCUACCAAGCACCGAAUCAUCGACUACAUGGUACAGCUCAACAACAUCUGAUGUGUCAACUGACAAUCCUUCAACCACCGGACAAACAACUUCACCAACCACUACAAAAGCUAUUACAACUACAGAUAGUACAACUGAACUGAUAACCACAGCGGUGGUAACAACCACGGAAAAAUUAACAACGAUCGCUCAAACAACGGACCCUAUAAGCACCGAACCAUUGACUACAGGGUCCAGCUCAACAAAAUCUGAUAUGACAUCUGCUGUCAGUCCUUCAACCACCGACCUAACAACUUCAACCAUUACAACAUCUAUUACAAUUGAAGGUCAUACAAGUACUAUUCAAGAAGGGCCAACCACUGUAAUGUCAUCGACGACAUCACCCACAACAACCGCGAAUUACCCUACAACCGCCCACGAUAAUUCCCUUACGUCGUCUGCCAUAUCAACCACUACAACAUCAACCAUGAUGCCAUCAACGUCUGCCGCAAUAGCCAAGGGCAGAGAGCAUUCGUUUACAUUAGCCAGCAUCGGGCAAUCCCUGCAGGAACAUGGCUGGAUAAGAACGUUCGACACCGUCCGAACUCCAUUGCGCUGCGCAGUGAAGUGCGGCGCAUUUUCUGGUUGUCACGUGUUCACGCACUCGGCAGCCAAUCAGAGUUGCCAUCUAGGAGCUGCAGGGGAGAUGCGCUUUCUAUACGAUGAUUCGGGUAGUAACACGUAUAGACUAAAAUCAUGAAAAUGGGAUAUUAUCGGCAUUUUAAUACAUUAAAAAUAAUCGAAGUAAUAAGAAAUAUCUAUGAAAAUAAUAAUGUUUGGAACUUGAUGAACUUCUUAAUCGAUUGAUUUGCAAAACCAAUCUGUUAGAUGUGGAAGUCAGUAUAAUUCUUAGAAUGAGAUGCAUUGUUUUGUCUUAUACGCUUAUUUUCUUGUCAAAGAGAGAGGGGGAGUUUUAGUCCGAAAGAGACAAAUAGAAAGACUAAAAUAAAGAGAUAAACAAAGGGGUAGAAUGAUGAAAUCAACAUGCAGAAGAAUAAGUAUUAAAGGUAGAUAGAGAGAGGAGUAUAGAUAAAGAGAGAGAGAGAGAGAGAUAAACACAGAUUUAAAGAUGUAUUUUUGCUUGCCAUCAAUAAAAAUCGCACAGAAACCGGCAAUCGUACAUUUUAUUGCAACUGCAUCUAAAAUGAUGCAACAAAAAAUAUCCUCUCAUUAUAUCCACAAACUCUACAGACAAAUCAAAGAAAUUCAUAAAACACCUUAUUCCUAAAAGUCUUUAUCUUUAUUUUUAUAUAAAUUUAUAUAAAUCUCUUUAUGCAUGUAUCUGUAUUUUAAUUAGGUGUUCGGUAGCUUAUCAUAUGGAAAACGCUGGGAUAAGUAGAGAAAUAGAAAUAAAGGGAUGGAGGGAGAGGGGGUGGUGAGAGAGAAUAAACACGCUCCACUCAUUACUGUAAUCGAGAAUGGCAAUUAGUGUCAAAGUGAAGAUAUCAAUUUGAUUCCAUCAGUACCAUCAUCUAUUCCGUUUCACAUUUAAAUACGAACUAGAACAACUGGGCCCCGUCUUACAAAGAGUUACGACUGAUCCAAUCAUUCGUUACUCUAUGGAAAUCCAUCGGUGUCGUAAUUUUUCUACAGGAAAUUUGCAAGAUGUCCCUUGUAACCAAAGGCGAACGCACCAAAUUGUCAAGAAAACGAUGAAUGUAUGAAUAUACAUCAUAUCCAGAAAAAAAAUUAACAAACAUGUAUUUUAGAUGUUGGUGUUGCUGGCUUUCCAUAGUUGAGUUUGAUCAGAUCAAUCGUAACUCUUUGUAAGACGGGGCCCUGGGGAGUGUUUCAUCAACAUUUUCAUCCGACAAGUUGUCAGAUCUGACAUCUUUCUCUGAUGUUGAUUGGCUAAGAGGUACUGUUACUAUGGUAACUGUUGGAUAAAAUGGGACUUGUCGGAUAAAACGUCCGACAAGCUCUUUCAUGAAAGGCCCCCCCCCCAGGUUUUUAUCGUGGUGAUAAAUAAACGUAUAACGAAUGUCCUUUUGAAUAGCAAUUCAUGGGUUUGUCUUCGGUCCUUUCUUGAAGUUUUCUAGUUAGAUUAUCUGAAUUUUUAUUCUGUACUUGACGGUAGAAAUAAGGGGCCAAUAUUCAUAUCUA